AUGUGGCUGGUCCUGUUCGUCUUCAUAGCGGCCUUCACCGAACAAACAAUUGCGUUGCCGGUGGAUGAGAGCUUCAGGGCAGUGAGUUGCGCACAGUGGGCGAAAAAUAACAAGACCGGCCUGCCCAAGGAUGACUCAAUAGCCGACUACUGCAAGAAGCUGUGCCCACCGCCUGACUGGAGUGUGAAGAAGGAAGAAUGGAAUGGCUGCACCCCGGUACCUCCAUGCACUGACGAGCAUCAAGUAGACGAUGGUGAGCUGGGCUACUGCUACCCCAAUUGCAGUGCGGCCAUUUCGCUGCGCAAGGAUGAUACGUUUGAGCUACGCCUUUGCAUCCGGUUACCUUCAUGCGAGGCAGUCAAGCAGAAAGACUUGUGCGUACACUACGGCCAACCGUGCAAACCGGGAAUGUCAUCAAAGACCCAUUAUUGCACAGAUCAUCGCCAAAUGUGGGUACCGCACGAGAUGACGUCGAAGGAGACCAGCGACAAAAUCGUCUACACGAUCGUCUACUUGAGCAUCGGCUUUUGGGUUACCGUGGCCGUAUUUGGGCUGUGUGGCUCACAUCUUGAGUCGUUGGCCCGGGAGACGCUGAUCCAGAACAUGCCCGAGAAGCAAAAAGCGAUCAACGUGCGCGAGGACUUCUUCCAAAAGCCCCGGCAGCGCUACCCGUAUGCCGGCAAGCGUUUACACGGACGUCGUCGAUAUCCCUAUCCCCAUGUGCGUCCAUCGAGCUCCGACGAAAAAGGCGUCGACAACUACCCGAAACCGGACCGGAAAAAAGAGGAC